GAGCCGCCCGGGACCCCCGCGCGCCCAGCCACCAGCUCCCCACUUUUCCCGGCCAGGAGAGACCGAGCGUCGCUCUUCGCUGCGGGGCAGAUGGGCUCCAGGCGGAGGCCCCUGGGCCGCUCUUAUUCGGGCAACGGCCCUUACAGCCCCGGCCAGGGCAGCGACGGCGAGGACAACGGGCCCCUGGUGGAGCAUCGGCCCGAGCGGCGCAGCUAUUUCCUGAACGUGCGCCCGGAGAACAGGAGCACCUUCUGUGCCAUCAUUGCUCAGCUGACCGAGGAAACCCAGCCCCUUUUUGAAACUACUCUCAAGUCGUACGCCGUCUCUGAGGAUGCAGAUGCCAAGUUCACCUGCAUUGUGACAGGUUACCCACAACCGGAAGUGACCUGGUACAAAGAUGAUGAAGAGAUGGACAGAUACUGUGGCUUGCCAAAGUAUGAGAUCCUUCGUCAUGGAAACCGACACACGCUGCAGUUGUACAAGUGCAGAGAGGAAGAUGCAGCCAUUUACCAAGCCUCGGCCAGAAACAACAAGGGCAUCGUGUCCUGCUCGGGGGUCUUGGAGGUGGGAACCAUGACCGAGUACAAAAUCCACCAGCGAUGGUUUGCCAAGCUCAAGCGGAGCGCCGAAGUCAAGCUGCGCGAGAUCGAGCAGAGCAGGAAGCGAGGGAAGGAGAACGUGGAGCUGGAGCAGCUGAGGAGGGUGAGCCCGGACAGGUUCCAGCGGAAGCGCCGCUUGACCGGCGAAGUGGGCAUGCGAUCGGGCAUCUCCCUCUGGGACAAGGAGGAGGUGGCAAAGGUGCGCAUCCCAGAUGGGAAGCCACGAUUUGGAGAGGGUGAGAAGAGCAAAGAGACUUCUGUGAAUGCAAAGACCCUGUUCCCAAACAACUUCAUAACAGGGCACCUAGACGCAGAGGUGACCACUAAUGGGGACUCUUCUCUGGAGAGCGGGGAGGAAAACGGAGGUGAGAAUGCCAGCGGCUUUCUUACCUAUAUCUAUGAGACGGUGGAGAUCAUUAAAGCGAAGCCUACGGCGGCCAAAGAGUUUUCUGUGAAGAAGAAGAAGAAGAAAGAGGAGGUCACCACUGCCCUGCCAAAUGCAAGCCAGGAUGUUUCCCGAGAAGAGGAUGGGACACAACAGAGGAGCAUUAGCUCGGCGCAUGAAGAUGCCACACCUAAUACCUUGGCCUACAGCACGUCACCUUUUGCAACAAAUGGGCUGGGGGGCACAGAACCCAGAGGACCUCCAAGGCAGGUGGCGGAGAAGCCCAUCGCCCGACCCUAUUCAAUGCCCCCUAAAGCAGAUGUGUACUUUUCUCUGAAAGAUAUGUAUUUUGACAUGGGGGUGAAAGCUGAGGCUGAGCAGAAGGCGCCAGAAGCCAAGGGAGGUGAGGCUGAUCGGAACCAGCCAAGUGUGGAUGCUUCCGUUCUGGAAGAGAUCAUCCCAGAAACCCCUACGGCUUUGAAAAGGGCAAAACCAGAGGAAGGGCAAAAACAGCCACACGAAGAGCAGGAAACAGAGGAAAAGGAGGCUGUGGAAACAAAGGAAGCCCAAACGACGGCAGCCACGGAUGCUGGCGGGGAUGUCAAUGCAAACUUAUCCCAGCAUCCUAACCGGACCACAGAGCCCGUGCAAGAGAUACAUGGUUCCCUUCGGAUGGGAAAUGUGGCAGACAUUCCUGAAACAGAUUUUCAGCAUCCUAGCCAGGCUUCAGAGACUGGCCUUGGGGUGUGGGCUCCCCUUUCGAAGGAUAUGGUUGCCGACCUCCGCGAAACGGACUUGCUGGACUCUCUCUGCCCUGAAGCAGAGCCAUCCCCACAGCCCCAGAAGCAGACCAUGGGGCUGGAUUCGUCUGUGUGCUUUCAGGAAGCGGGGAGAGACUUGAAGGAGGCCUCCUUGGGAGAGCAGCUGCCUGGCCAAGGGCCUUGUGAGGCUCCGCAAACCUUAAAGCCAGCCUUGCCCACUGCUCACAGCCUGCAAACUCCAGGUGUGGGUCUUGGAGAAGAAACAAGCCAGGAUGCUCGCCACUUUGCAAUAAGGGAAGGUGCCCCAAGAGAGGCAGAGACCAAACAGGCUCAGGAGCAAGAUGAUCCUAGCCGAGAGGCCCAAGAGAUGGUGCUAAGCCAGGAUGGCAGCCAGCACUUCUCAGUGACUUCCCAGAAUCCCCCAGUUCUCUCCCUUGGCACCACACAGCCCGUUGGGAAGGAACAGCGGGUUUCGAGAGAAGAAGUGAAAAGGCGUUCCCCGCGUUUUGGAAGCGACAGAAUCCAAGCCAAACCAGCUCUAAGUCAUGAGAGUAAGGAUCUGGCUGCUCCCGGGUCAUUGGUUGAGGAAUCCAGUCUAGAGCCUAGACCUACAGUCACCUUGGAGCGAUAUGCCCCUCAAAUUGACACCGUGAGCAAAGAAAAGCAAGAAGAAGCCUUUGAGGUCCAGGGAGACAAGAGGUCUAGGCUAAACAGGGAUUUAGGGCUUGAGGGCGAGAGGCCUCCGACAGUGACGGCAAGGCCAUUAUUGGUCCCAGAGGUUGCUGUAGAAGCCCCAGUUUCCCAUCAAAGUAUUUUGGAGGAACCUCAUCCAGUUCCUCAUCCAGUAGCAACGCCUCUGGCUUUCCAAGAAUCUGCUCCACUUUCUCCGGAUGAAGAAGGCUCAGCUGAGAAGGACCAGUCCGUGGCCCAUUUGCUGAGGGAUGUGAAGAGAGAAAUAGAAACUUGGAAGCCAUCAGAUUCGGCAGCUUCAGAAUCAGAGCAACGGCAGGUUGGCAAUACGGAGGUCCAUGUCCAGGAAGAGCCCCCAACUCCACUGAGGGGUGAGGAAAAUGAGAAGGAGUCGUUUGGCCCGGGCAGGAAGAUUGACAUCGGAACUAAGGAAAGGGAGAGAACAGUCUCAGAGGCACCUGCAAUACAGGACUCGCGCCAAACAGAGACCUCGAUGGAGGAGGAUCAAACCGCAGAUAAGGCACAGGACACAAACCUAGUGUCUUCCCUGAAAAAUUACUUGCUUCUGCUCUUAAAGAUGACCACAGAGGCCGACAAAAGCAAGGGCAGCAAGAAGCAAGAGGUCAAGGCUGCGGGGGAAAGGGUCCCGCCGACUGCCAUUCCCAAGCACUUGCCAGAUGUGGGCAUAGCCGGCCUGACCCCCAGGACGUCGAGGAAGAUCUUUGAGCGAGUAGAAACCAACCAGCUCUUCCAAAGCGCAGAGAGUCUGCAGCUGACGCCCAAGACUUCCCGGAGGAUCACGGGGAUGAUCAACCAGGAGCUGCUUGCUUGCAAAGAGAGUUUGGUGGCUGAACCGGAGGCCGCCCCGUUGCCCUGCGUGCCCUCGAUUGUGGUGGGGAGCGUCUCCAGCGAGCCGGCAGGGCCCCCUGAUACGUCUCCAGAGGUUUCCGGCGAGGCGCCGUCGUCGGCACUGCCGAGCGCCACGCCUCAGGAACUGGCAUCCGGGGCGCGUCGCAAAAUAUACCUCAACAAAGGCAAACAGGCCGACGAGAUGGAAGGGGCGGCCCCAGAUGGGCAGCCACGGGCAAAAAGGGGCAGCCCCACCGUGUCCCCACAGCAGGGCCGCAAGAAAACAGCACUUUUGCAAAGCCCCGCCCCGGCUUCUCCUCCCGUGGAGAAGCGCUCCCCUACCACGGCUAGAAAGAUGGCAACAUUAGAAGUGCCCAAGAUCUAUGAAGAGAUAGCAGAAGAAAACAAGAAUGUGGAAGACGGCUCCCCGCGAGCUCCAGAGAAGUUGGAGGAGACCACGACCGAAGUGCAAGCGGGGGAAUCCCGGAAAGCAAAUGACCCAUUUAAAGCUCCCCAGGUGAUUCGCAAAAUCCGAGCUGAACAGUUCUCGGAUGCCUCUGGAAAUCUGAAGCUCUGGUGCCAGUUCUUCAACAUUUUGGGUGACUCAAAGCUGACCUGGUAUAAGGAUGAGGCUCCUGUGACGGAUGCCAAAAGGAGCUCUGGAGACGAAGGGCAAGCGGCCCUGGCCAUUGUGCAGGUCUCCCUGAAGGACUGCGGGGUCUACCAGUGCACCAUCCAGAACGAGUACGGCACUGACUCCACAGACUUCCUGCUGAGCGCUGAAGUGCUAUCGGGAUUUAUCUCCAAGGAAGAAAUAGAAGUUGGCGAGGAGAUUGAGAUGACGCCCAUGGUGUUUGCCAAAGGCCUGGCUGACUCCGGCUUCUGGGGGGACAAGCUCUUUGGCCGGAUCAUGAUGGAGGAGCUGGAGGUGGGCCAAGGUUUCCUGCGCAAGGCAUGCCGCGCCCGUGCCAUCUACGGCCUCGAGCCGGUGUUUGAAUCUGGGCACACAGGCGUCAUCAAGGUCCGCAACCUCAUCGCUUUUGGCGGGCGCAGUGAGAACACGCUGGUGGAGAGGAACUAUGACAUCACCAUCCAGGAAUGCAAGAUCCAGAAUUCAAGUCGGGAAUACUGCAAGAUCUUUGCUGCUGAGGCCAAAGCCAUUGCUGCCUUUGGUCCGGUGCCUGAAAUCAUCCCUCUUUACCUGAUCUACCGCCCGGCGAACAAUAUUCCCUAUGCCACCAUGGAGGAGGACCUGCCCGGCCAGUUCGAGUGCUACUGUGGGCGAAAGCGAGAUGGCAGCCUGGCUCCAGCCAGCCUCUCCGAGGUUGGGCAAAAGUGUUGCGCCUUCCAGCACUGGCUGUACCAGUGGACAAAUGGCAACAUCCUGGUGACAGACUUGGAAGGUGUUGAGUGGAAGCUCACCAAUGUCAGGAUUGCUACCAAAACAAAGGGGUACCAAGGCCUCAAGGAGAGCUGCUCCCCCAGCCUGAUUGACCACUUCGAGGUGUCUCACCAGUGUAACCACUUCUGCCAUCUCCUGGGCCUGAAGAGCAUUGAAAUCCCCCAGCCUCCACCUAAAGGCAAGGGCUCUCGGAGCCCCAUCAUGGGCAGGAAGACCCCAUCAGCCCAGUCCAGCCCCCAGCUGCAGAAGAAAGGCCUGGCUAGCCCCCAGGCCUCCAGGAAAGGUUCUGUGAGCCCCAAGAGCGCCCGGAAAUGCCCUGAAAACGCGGGAGAGUCGCAGUCAGUAGCAAGGCCCAAAGGAGGGGACAGUGGCAAAGCCAGCUGGCUGCAGUGAACGGGCGCGGGGACCCUCUGCAGAAGUGCGCUGUGUGUGCCUGGGGGAAGGGAUGCUGCUGCUGCUGCUGUCCCUGCCGUACCCUCCUGCGUGGCUCCUCCCCUCCAGUGUGUGCGGCUUAUGGUGUGUGAGGGAGGGAGCCACGCUGAUGUGCCUUGGAGAGAGGGCCUUGCCUGCGCACCGCCCUCGGGGGUGGGGUGGGGGCUUGGAAAGGGAUUGGGAAAAGGACGGACUGUGUGGGUGCACAAUGCCACCAGCGCUGUGUGGGCCCCCCCUUGUAUGCAUUUGGGGCAUCUCAGCUGUGUGUGCUAGAUGUCCUGUGGAAAUGGGCUGCUCCUCUGGUUCCCCAUAAGGAUGCAGCCAAAAGCAGGGGCUAAACUCCUCGGUGCGUGGAGCCCUGGCAGGAAUGACAGCUGGGCCCUGUGUUCUGUUGGCUCCAGAGAAGGCCCUGCCAACUUGACUCUCAACACCCAGCACUUUCCCACAGAAGACCUGUCACUUGCUGCUUUCCCCGUGAUUGUCUGCGCCCAUCACCACAGCGGGCCCUUUGACACGCAGUCUAGUCAGCCCGCCCACCCUAUGGAUCUCCCAUAUGGCGGAAAAGAGAGGAUGGAUUCUUUUCCUUUCCCUGUGGGUGGAAGAAGCAGCUUUCUUGACGGGGCUGUGUCCGAGGAGGGUAUGGUUCUGUCUUCCUGGGCAAUAAAAAUGUCAAGUGGUUUCAUGUGUUUAGAAGAGAGAAGGGGGGUUUCUUAAUCUUCACUGAGGCACCCAGCUCCCUUCAUUCCUGACCACUGGCCAUGCCAGUUGGGGCUGAUGGGAAUUGGAGUCUGACAACACCUGGAAGGCCACAGACUCUCAGCCCCCAGAUUUGACUCUUCUUGCUGCUUUCUUUCCACUAGUGCCACGUGGAGCUCAUUGUUCAGCAUGUGCGUUGCACGCAGAAGGUCCCAGGUUCUUUCCCCGUGGUCUCCAGGUCCAGCAGAUCUGAUCCUCUUGAAACUGCUGCCAAUCACAGUGCUGGGCCCCAUGGAUGAUGCUGUUUCAGAUGUCUGCAAGCUGCUACUGUCCUCAAAUAGCAGCAUCCCCCCCCUCUGUCAUUGUGCUGCAUUCUGCUAUCUGGCUACGCCUGGCAAUGUUGGGUUUCAUCUGCCAUCAUCCCUGAUCACUGGCCAUGUUCUUGCGUUCUAAGAUGGAAGAAGUGUGACCUGCUAAUCUAGGUGCAGGGAACUUGUGCCCCUUGAGAUGUUGGGCUACAACUCCCCUGCUGCCUGGCUGGGCUGAUGUGAGUUGGAGUCCAGUAACAUCAGGAGGUCACUAGUUUCUACCUCUGGCCUAGUCAGAUAGAAAUGGCUCUUCCUUAACAAGGAAAUUGCUUUCUGUUGAAAUAUUCGAUGGUACUUCUGCUUCUCCUUUUCCUCUCGUACCGUACUGUGCAACUGUUUUUUUUUCUGAGCUUCCUCCAAAUCCAACAAGAGAGAUGUUGGAGGAGGGGCAAUUCAGAGAGGACACCUUGGAGCGGUAAACCGAAAGCAUUUAGGAACACAUUCAGAACAUAGAUGCCACAGACUAACCUCUCACCAUAGACCAUUGACGUCUGAUGCGGGUCAGGCAGGUGCCAGGACCCAUCUCUUUAUUCCUGCUACUAAAUGAUACCUUUCCUUACCCUUCCUAGGAAUAAGCCUAGACUGAGACCUACUUUAGGGGCAAGGAAGAUUCCCCAGAGUGAUACGAAAGCAGGGCCAGAGUUGUUGGUGGGUCUGGCAAGGAGGGUUUCCUUUGCAGGUCGGUGCGUUACCAGAAUUUUGCUAAGGAUUUUGCGCAAUAAGUAAGUGUCAAUAAUGCUUGUUGGUUGUAGAAGGAAAAGAACAGCGUUAGUUCAAGCUGUGGAGAAGGACUCCAGCCUGUUGGGUCAUGGCAGCAAGAGUAUAGACUUUUGUCUUGCAGCUCAUCAAAGUGCCUGCUGAAGCUGGGAUCUCGGCAGCAACGGGCCAAAUCCUGGCUACAAGGCGGCCUCUUUUGCAGGAACUACCUUGUAAGACUUCUUGCCUUGACACAGCUUAAAGUUGAUUCUCUGGAGAGAUGGACUGGAUGGGAAGUUCUAGGUUUGUGGCCCAAUAAUUGCUGAUUAAAUAUAAAGAGAGCAGGAAAGUAUUUCACUCAUGAAAGCAA